AUGGUACAGUCUGCGCAGGGACCGGCGCGCGGGCUGGGCUCCGCGCGGCGCCAGCUGCCGCACCGCGAUUACGGGCUGCCCGCCUGGAACCCGAGCCGAUCGCUGGCGAUUGCCUUAGCCAAGAGGUCUGGGCUACUGUUCCAAGUGCUUCAGAAUCUGAUCCUUUCACCUGUACCCCAGGAGCUCAAGGGGACCCGGAGAAGGCUUGGGAAGCUAGGUUUGCCAGGCACCGCUCCAGACCUGGAAAAGAGGAAACAGAUUUUUGGGCAAAACUUCAUACCUCCAAAGAAGCCAAAAACCUUCCUGCAGCUGGUAUGGGAAGCACUGCAGGAUGUGACGCUCAUCAUCCUGGAGAUCGCGGCCAUCAUCUCCCUGGGAUUGUCCUUCUACCACCCACCCGGAGAGAGCAAUGAAGGAUGUGCCACAGCCCAGGGUGGGGCAGAGGAUGAAGGUGAGGCAGAAGCAGGCUGGAUUGAGGGGGCUGCCAUCCUGCUGUCGGUCAUCUGCGUGGUCCUGGUCACAGCCUUCAAUGACUGGAGCAAGGAGAAACAGUUCCGGGGCCUGCAGAGCCGCAUCGAGCAGGAGCAGAAGUUUACCGUAGUCCGGGCUGGCCAAGUGGUCCAGAUCCCUGUGGCCGAGAUCGUGGUCGGGGAUAUUGCCCAAAUCAAGUAUGGUGACCUCCUUCCUGCCGAUGGCCUCUUCAUCCAGGGCAAUGACCUCAAGAUCGACGAAAGCUCGCUCACGGGGGAGUCUGACCAGGUGCGCAAGUCUGUGGAUAAGGACCCUAUGCUGCUGUCAGGGACCCAUGUGAUGGAGGGCUCAGGACGGAUGGUAGUGACUGCUGUGGGUGUGAACUCUCAGACUGGCAUCAUAUUUACCCUGCUGGGGGCUGGAGGUGAAGAGGAAGAGAAGAAAGACAAAAAAGGUGUGAAGAAGGGGGAUGGCCUUCAGCUACCAGCGGCCGACGGUGCAGCACCUGCAAACGCUGCAGGUAGCACAAAUGCCAGCCUAGUCAAUGGUAAAAUGCAGGAUGGCAGUGCCGACAGCAGCCAGAGCAAAGCCAAGCAGCAGGAUGGGGCGGCUGCUAUGGAGAUGCAGCCCCUGAAGAGUGCAGAGGGCGGUGACGCGGAUGACAAGAAGAAAGCCAACAUGCACAAGAAGGAGAAGUCGGUGCUUCAGGGCAAGCUCACCAAGCUGGCUGUGCAGAUCGGCAAGGCAGGCCUGGUGAUGUCAGCCAUCACAGUAAUCAUCCUGGUGCUCUACUUCACCGUGGACACCUUCGUGGUCAACAAGAAGCCAUGGCUGACAGAGUGCACACCUGUCUACGUACAGUACUUCGUCAAGUUCUUCAUCAUCGGGGUGACGGUGCUGGUGGUCGCCGUGCCCGAGGGCCUCCCUCUGGCUGUCACCAUCUCGCUGGCCUAUUCCGUGAAGAAAAUGAUGAAGGACAACAACUUGGUCCGCCACCUGGAUGCCUGUGAGACCAUGGGCAACGCCACGGCUAUCUGCUCAGACAAAACGGGCACGCUGACCACCAACCGCAUGACUGUGGUGCAGGCCUACGUCGGCGAUGUCCACUACAAGGAGAUUCCUGAUCCCAGCUCCAUCAAUGCCAAAACCAUGGAGCUGCUGGUCAAUGCCAUCGCCAUCAAUAGCGCCUACACCACCAAGAUCCUGCCCCCAGAAAAGGAGGGUGCCCUGCCCCGGCAGGUGGGCAACAAGACUGAGUGCGGCCUGCUGGGCUUCGUGCUGGACUUGAAGCAGGACUACGAGCCAGUGCGCAGCCAGAUGCCGGAAGAGAAGCUGUAUAAGGUGUACACCUUCAACUCCGUGCGCAAGUCCAUGAGCACUGUCAUCAAGAUGCCCGAUGAGAGCUUCCGCAUGUACAGCAAGGGUGCCUCAGAGAUCGUGCUCAAAAAGUGCUGCAAGAUCCUUAGUGGGGCGGGUGAACCCCGUGUCUUCCGGCCCCGGGACAGAGAUGAGAUGGUGAAGAAGGUGAUCGAGCCCAUGGCCUGUGACGGGCUCCGUACCAUCUGUGUGGCCUACCGUGACUUCCCCAGCAGCCCUGAGCCUGACUGGGACAAUGAGAAUGACAUCCUCAGUGAACUCACGUGCAUCUGCGUGGUGGGCAUUGAAGACCCAGUGCGACCUGAGGUCCCAGAAGCCAUCCGCAAGUGCCAGCGGGCAGGUAUCACAGUCCGCAUGGUCACUGGUGACAAUAUCAACACAGCCCGGGCCAUCGCCAUCAAGUGUGGCAUUAUCCACCCUGGGGAGGAUUUCCUGUGCCUGGAGGGCAAAGAAUUCAACCGGAGGAUCCGCAAUGAGAAGGGGGAGAUUGAGCAGGAGCGGAUUGACAAGAUCUGGCCAAAGCUGAGGGUGCUGGCUCGAUCCUCGCCCACGGACAAGCACACACUGGUCAAAGGCAUCAUUGACAGCACACACACUGAGCAGCGGCAGGUGGUGGCUGUGACGGGGGAUGGGACCAACGACGGACCGGCUCUCAAGAAGGCAGAUGUGGGCUUCGCAAUGGGUAUUGCAGGCACAGAUGUGGCUAAGGAGGCCUCAGACAUCAUCCUGACGGACGACAACUUCAGCAGCAUCGUCAAGGCAGUGAUGUGGGGCCGUAAUGUCUAUGAUAGCAUAUCCAAAUUCCUGCAGUUCCAGCUGACUGUCAACGUGGUGGCCGUGAUUGUGGCCUUCACGGGUGCCUGCAUCACACAGGACUCCCCCCUCAAGGCCGUGCAGAUGCUUUGGGUGAACCUCAUCAUGGACACGUUUGCCUCCCUGGCACUGGCCACAGAGCCGCCCACCGAGACGCUGCUUCUGAGGAAACCUUACGGCCGCAACAAGCCGCUCAUCUCCCGGACCAUGAUGAAGAACAUCCUGGGCCACGCCGUUUACCAGCUCACCCUCAUCUUCACCCUGCUCUUCGUGGGUGAGAAGAUGUUCCAGAUUGACAGUGGGAGGAACGCACCCCUGCACUCACCACCCUCAGAGCACUACACCAUCAUCUUCAACACCUUCGUCAUGAUGCAGCUUUUCAACGAGAUCAACGCCCGCAAGAUCCACGGCGAGCGCAACGUCUUUGACGGAAUCUUCCGGAACCCUAUCUUCUGCACCAUCGUUCUGGGCACGUUUGCCAUCCAGAUAGUGAUCGUGCAGUUUGGUGGGAAGCCCUUCAGUUGUUCUCCGCUCCAGCUGGACCAGUGGAUGUGGUGCAUCUUCAUCGGCCUGGGAGAGCUGGUCUGGGGCCAGGUCAUUGCCACCAUCCCUACCAGCAGACUGAAGUUUCUGAAGGAGGCGGGGCGGCUCACACAGAAGGAGGAGAUUCCUGAGGAGGAGUUAAAUGAAGACGUGGAGGAAAUAGACCACGCAGAGAGGGAGCUUCGCCGUGGCCAGAUCCUGUGGUUCCGGGGCCUGAAUCGGAUCCAGACACAGAUCCGCGUCGUGAAGGCGUUCCGUAGCUCUCUCUAUGAAGGGUUAGAAAAACCCGAGUCUCGAACCUCCAUCCAUAACUUCAUGGCUCAUCCUGAAUUCCGGAUCGAAGAUUCCCAGCCUCACAUCCCCCUCAUCGAUGACACCGACCUGGAAGAAGAUGCCGCGCUCAAGCAGAACUCGAGCCCGCCGUCCUCGCUCAACAAGAACAAUAGCGCCAUCGACAGCGGGAUCAACCUGACGACCGACACGAGCAAAUCAGCUACCUCUUCAAGUCCAGGGAGCCCCAUCCACAGCCUGGAGACGUCGCUUUAGCUGAGGCCCCUGUCGCCUGGCCACCCUCAUGGACCCGCCGCCACCCGCCUCCGGGCGCACACCCUUCCAGGCACCGACUCCCGAUGCAGCAAGGAGCACUCGGUGGAACCCACACAGCAGAAAGAGAACCCGUUUCCACCCACAGACCCUUUCUCUGGCUGCCAUGCUGUUUGAACUCUUUUUCACUCCUAGGUCAUGGGCAGGGUUGCCCUGGCGUCAUCUGGAGCAGAGAGUGGCGUGGGUUUUGUUUUGUUUUUGUUUUUCAAAAAAAAAUUAAUUAAUUAAAAAAAAAAA